AUGGACUUGGUGCUGGACGUGAGCCUAACUGACGAUGAGUUGGGAACUGUUGACUUCAGCAGUGCUGGUUGGGUGACAGAGUCCACAUUAACUUUCGAAGUCCAUGCCAUUGCCGCAGCCACACAUAGUGUUUGCUGGGCAGAAGCAAAGUUACGAAUUGCUUUGCUCGAGAUCAAAGAGCCUCCGCUAUUCAGGUCUGAGCUUCAUUUGACCACGAGCUUGCCGAAGACACUUGCUCCUAGCGUGUUGGCAUUUCAAAGUAAUGCUGCUGCACAUGGAGUGACACGCAUUGCUUUAGCCUUCAGAGAUCAGCAGCUUCUAGGUGGGAAUGCUUUUGGUUGUUCCAUGUGA